CAACACCACAGUCGACGUCGUCGCAAAAAUGAGCGACGGAACGCAGUCUGAAUCAACCCUUACCCAGCUGACCUCAUUCUCCACUGUCCCCCUGAGAGUCAUGGUCAGUGAAUAUACUGACUAUUCUGCGCCCAGUAAUGAAAACCUUGGAGCCUAUCUAUUCCUAGGGUUCCUCACUGAAGACAGAAUAUCCGUGGGCGUCAGGCACGGCUACAGCGCCAACGAUGUUGAUCAAGACUUCGUAAACUGUGACUCAAAGUCUCACAGUUACUUCACUUUUUUCUCCAACAUGAACAACCUGCCGCCACAGAUCGCUAGUGGUGGUAUGUGUUCGACAUGCAUCAUGGCGCACUGGAAGACUGGUGCCAAGAUGUUACAAUCCGGAGACUAUCUUCCCGACAACUAUAUCUUCGACACAGAAAUUCACUUCGGGGGCUGUGGUGGUUUUGGCAUCACUACUAGCUGGAACAACGUUGAUGGCUUCGCACUUGGCGUCAAAUAUGUAUAUUACUAA